GGUAGCCAUUUUUAUUUUUUGGAACCGAACUAGCUAGCUAACGCUAUCUCGCAAUACAAAGCUGCAGAUGUAGCUAGCUAGAUCAAUAUCAUUACACCAAAAACAUUUUACUUGAACUCGAGGAAGAGUGUGGAAAUGCUGCGACUGUAGGAGAGGAGGAGGAGAGCGAACAGACAGUCAGUGGACCAGUAUGAACUAUGACAGAAGAAGGGUGGGUCGGGGAGACUGCAACAGCUCCUCCGACCACCGCUACAUGGACUACCGCGGAUACGGACAGGAAGAGGCUGAGCUGGGGACAGGAUAUGACUUCAGAGCUGCCUCCGGCCACGGGGACCAAGUCGACCGAUUGGAGUGCGUCCGGGAGUUCGCGUCCCCGGGCCGUCUCCACGACAACCGGCCGGGGUUCCGUCAGAGGCGUGGGGGGAGAGGGGAGGGGUGUGUGGGUAAAGGGAUACUAUGUCCCCCUCGAUCCCUGGUCCUACUCCAGCCAGAGGUAGCCCUGCCCAGGCUGCAGAGUGAGGAGAGGUUCCCCAGAGGAGGACCAGGGGAGGAGGAGAGGUUCCCCAGAGGAGGACCAGGGGAGGAGGAGAGGUUCCCCAGAGGAGGAGGACCAGGGGAGGAGGAGAGGUUCCUCAGAGGAGGACCAGGGGAGGAGAGGUUCCCCAGAGGAGGACCAGGGGAGGAGAGGUUCCCCAGAGGAGGAGGACCAGGGGAGGAGGAGAGGUUCCCCAGAGGAGGAGGACCAGGGGAGGAGAGGUUCCCCAGAGGAGGAGGACCAGGGGAGGAGGAUAGGUUCCCCAGAGGAGGACCAGGGGAGGAGGAGAGGUUCCUCAGAGGAGGAGGACCAGGGGAGGAGAAGAGGUUCCCCAGAGGAGGAGGACCAGGGGAGGAGGAGAGGUUCCCCAGAGGAGGAGGACCAGGGGAGGAGAAGAGGUUCCCCAGAGGAGGAGGACCAGGGGAGGAGAAGAGAUUCCCCAGAGGAGGAGGACUAGGGGAGGAGAAGAGGUUUCCCAGAGGAGGAGGACCAGGGGAGGAGAGGUUCCCCAGAGGAGGAUCAGGGGAGGAGGAGAGGUUCCCCAGAGGAGGAUCAGGGGAGGAGGAGAGGUUCCCCAGAGGAGGAGGACUAGGGGAGGAGGAGAGGUUCCCCAGAGGAGGACCAGGGGAGGAGGAGAGGUUCCCCAGAGGAGGACCAGGGGAGGAGAGGUUCCUCAGAGGAAGACGACCAGGGGAGGAGGAGAGGUUCCCCAGAGGAGGAGGACUAGGGAAGAGAAAGGGUUUCUCCAUGGGCUGUCCCGGUGAGGAGCGUGGUGGUGGGGGCCCAGAUCCCUCCUCUUCCUGUAUAGAGCACCCAGUUCAGAUGGACUACAGACCAGACCUCCUGGACCUCAACCAGAGACCCUCCAACAUCAUCAUGUUACGCAUGCUGCCACCCAACGCUACUGCCAACGAGAUCCGUGCCCAGCUUCAGGACCAGGGGAUUGACCCAACAGAGGUUAUGAUUCGCCUGAUGACAAACAAGUCUUCAGGUCAGAGCCGUGGAUUCGCCUUCGUGGAGUUUAAUCACAUACAGGAGGCCUGCCGCUGGAUGGAGACCAAUCAGAUGGUUCUGUCUGUCCUAGACCAGAGGGUGUCUAUGCACUACAGUGAACCUAAACCACGGGCCAACGAGGACUGGCUCUGUAACAAGUGUGGGGUUCAGAACUUCAAGAGGAGAGAGAAGUGCUUCAAGUGUGGUGUUCCCAAGUCAGAGGCAGAGCUGAAACUGCCCCAGCUGAGUGAGUUACCCCUGGGGGGGCAUCAGAUGGAUGGUGCCCAGGGAUUACUGCCCCUCCCUGCCCUUUACCAGCCUGCCGCUGCCACCUCUACUGCCCUCACCAAGGCCGGGGCAACUAACACACAACAGCCUGAGGUGGCCAACGACACUCUGAUCCUGAGGAACCUGGGUCCCCAUACCUCCCUGGAGUCCAUCCUGUCCACUCUGGCUCCCUUCGCUACUCUGUCUCCUUCUAAUGUUCGACUGAUCAAAGAUAAACAGACACAACUCAACCGGGGCUUCGCUUUCCUACAGCUGUCUACUAUAGUGGAAGCAUCUCAGCUGCUCCAGAUCCUGCAGGCCUUACAUCCAGCUCUCUCUAUAAACGGGAAGGCCAUCUCUGUCGAGUUCGCCAAGGGAUCCAAACGGGAUGUGUUUCUGACUGAUGGUAGUAGAGUGAGUGCUGCUACAGCUGCCAGUACAGCCAUCGCUGCUGCCCAGUGGUCUGUUACCCAGAAGGCCCAGUCCCUGUCCUCUACCUCCCGGCAUGGUGUGGAUGUGGGGUUGUACCACCAGGGGGCAGCAGUAACCCUGGGAGUCUGUGAAGAAGAGGAGAACCUGGACUACAAGGCCCAGACAGUGGUAACAGUGGUCUCGUCUGAGGCUGUGGUUUCUGGAGUGGACGGCGUACAGCUGUCUUUGGGACAAUCACAAGCUCCGCUCAUCACUACGGCAACCACACAGCAGGUAGAGAUAGUGGGUAAGCCUCAGCCUCCUACUCCCACCCACCCUGCCACCCCCGGGACUGCACACGAGUACCAACAAUACCCGGUCCCGGACGUGUCCACCUACCAGUAUGAGGAGAGUUCUGGCUUCUACUACGACCCUCUAACUGGACUCUACUACGACCCCAAUUCACAGUACUACUAUAACAGGGUCACUCAGCAGUAUAUGUACUGGGACGGAGAGAAGCAGACAUAUAUUCCAGCUCCCGCCCAAUCAACUGAGACUGUUGUUGCCCCCGGUGAUAACACCGCCCCCUCUAACCCCCCCUCUGCUGCCCUCGGGGGCAAGGAGAAGAAAGACAAGCCCAAAAACAAGACAGCACAACAGAUAGCGAAGAACAUGGAGCGUUGGGCUAAGAGUCUGAACAGACAGAAGGAGAACGUUCGCUCUCUCUCCUCUUCCUCCUCCGUGACCCCUGUGGCCUCUAUGGCUCUUUCCCCUGGUGACACCUGGGCUCCUGGACUCGGUCGCCUUGACGACCGCAGAGAGUCCGCCAGCGCAGACGCCGGAUAUGCUGUCCUGGAGAAGAAGGGGGCGUUGUCUGAAAGAGCUCAGAUCAUCCUGGACCAGCUCAGACACACAGACCACAGAGAGCGCUCCCCUCCUCAGGUGCAGGGUUUGGUGCCGGCCUACAAUGGAGAGACGGACAGCGAGGGAGAGGAAGGAGGAGAGAAGGAUGAGAGGAUGACAGACUGGGCUAAGCUAGCCUGUCUGCUGUGUAGGAGACAGUUCCCCAACAAGGAGGCUCUCAUACGACACCAGCAGCUCUCAGAGCUACACAAGCAAAACCUGGAACAGAGGUCGUCUCAGCAGGAGGGGGGAGCUGCGGAGAGGAGGGAGAAAGGUCUCCCCACCGAACCACCAGACCCCAAGAAGAGGAAGUACAGCCCGCUUGAUGGUACGGCUGGCAGUAGUCUAGGUGCCAGGAUGCUGCAGGGAGGGGUGAAGAAUGGCCUGCUGCUACGUAACAUGCAAGUGGACUGACCUCUGACCUCUAGCCCCUGACUGUUAACCCGCUCCAGGGUGAAGUUUCCCCUAGGUCUGUACAGAUCUUGGAUCAGCUUCCCCUUCCCGAGUCCUAAACUUUUUAAAUAUUUUUUUUUAAUAAACACUUUUUACCCCUU